UAAUGAGGAUCAAUCUACUAAAAUCACAUGAAUCUAUGUCGUUCAAGACGGAUCAUAAAUUGUUUACGAAACUACCGACAAAUGUAAAUAAAGUUGGGGGCGUGUCCUGUCAAAAAAGCACAUGUCAACAUGGUUUCGUUAUCGAGUAUUUUACAAUCCCCCGUCCAAGCUCUUCUCCGACCGGCUAUGUGGCUUCCCAUAAUUAAACAUCUACACAGCUACAGAGAGACAUGGACGUGUGAAAAAGAGAACGCAGUAAUUCUGAAAUCCAUUGUUGACGCUCUAGAACCUUUAAAGUCCACGGACGAUAAAGGCACAUACUAUGAUAUCCACAAGAUAAGCAGAGAUGCCACUUUUGUGAGAAUCUUUGUAUUCACUUGGGCUGAAUGGUUAGAUGUAAUGGAGUUCAAAGUUCAUGAUGGUACAGUAGAGGCACAUUCCUUUUCCACUGGUGUGUUUCCUCUCUUCAUCCCAUUCAUAAGUCUGGUUAACAUUGCAUUGUUUUGGGUUCCAUUUUUGGACCAUGGAUUGAACAAGGACAGAAUUUUAUCGAUGAGAAGACUACUAGACACGCAUGUAAAAGAUUUCAAUGUGAACUGAAUUCAUUUUCUCUCUUGAGUUAAUCAAGGAAUUAAGCCUUGGUGCAAUAUAAUACAUGUGUACUUUGGAAAUGCUUGGCUACAUAUACAUAUACCUAGUACCAGUAUGUACAUGCAUUGUCUAUAAUAUUAUGACAUCAGUAGAUGAAAGGUAAACAAUUUUGAUCUCAAACAUAUAUACAUUUAUUUUUAAAAAUCUUAUUGCAAUAUUUUAUACAUAUUGUUUAUUGUAAAAUUUCAGAGAUUUCUACAAAUAUAUUUGACUGUGUAAUAUACAUACUACUAUGAAAUGAUUAAAUUUUGUGGGACCUACAA